AUGGCCUCAUCGAGAAAUAACGACAACAGCAAAGUUAUCUUUGCCGCACAGUCACACGUGCGCAAUGCAUGUGACGCCUGCUACAAACGCAAGAUCCGUUGUGUUAUGUCAAGGAGCGGCGGAUCGUGUCAUAACUGCAAGUCAAGGAGCCUUUCAUGCUACUUCCUUCCGCGGUACAAGAGCGGAAGACCACGUAUACGUGGGCCCCCAUCACACAACACGAUCAAUUCGGCUACGGUAACUCCCCCGGGCAGUAUCAUGAACACUUCCCUUUGGCCCGGGACCGAAAAUACCGUGCCAAGUGCACCAGCAAGAAAGUCUCCUCCAAGAGCCGACCACCAAAGGAACAACGACGAUCUCUUCGUGUGGGACUCUCAUCAGGACUUCGCAAUUCAAACAGAGCAGCACAGCUACGACUUGGAUCAGCCGCUAAAGUUUCCAAGUGUCUUGAGAGGCGCUUCCCUGGACCUAGAGGAGCCCACUUUUCCCAACUUUACCAAUCCAACCCAUCGUCCCUUGACAAAUAUACAGUUCGAAGAUUUACCUGACCCUACUUCACCGGCCCCUCUGGACACGCAAACCUCCGUAUGGUCAACAACUUCCCAGCAGCCAUCUGACCGUAGCGGCCCUCGAAUCGAGACAUCUAAAGAAGCUAGAUUUGCUACCUUGUUGGAAUAUUGCGCGAGACUUCAGCGUUACAUCAUGACGAUGGAAGAGUAUGAUUCUACAAUCUCAGACGAGGGUACAUCAUCAACAUCCAAGAAAAUUGGAAUGUCAGAUGGUCCUUUGCGGGAGGUGCUAGAAGAUAUUGACACCAGCUGCAAGCUCAUGUCCGAGAUGUGUGACGAGGGAACUUCAUCCAAGUCCAUUUCAGCGCAGGUCAACUCUCCCCCAGAUUCUGCUUCCAUAUGUCUGAUAACAACCGUUACCUUCAAAGUUUUUCAAAUCUGCAAUAUCCUGUUUAAUGGCAAAGGCCUGAGAAUUUGUUCGAUUAAGGAUGUUCUUCUACAAAAGCGGCUCGACUUUAACAUCACCCAGGCGAGGAUUGUGACGGCGCAAAUCGAGAACUUAACCCAGAAUAACAUACAUAUUUUGCAGGAACUCUUGGGAAAAGCUGUGCAUAUUGAGGAAAGAUUCACUAACCAGCGUGGGGGCAACUUUACAGACAAGGGUAAAUUGUGUUCCUAG